AUGUCAUUCAACAGCAGAAAGUUCUCUAUGAACCGCAACACGGGUGUACCCCGUGUUUCGCGUCGCUUCAGCAUAGGUGAUAACCCUGGUACCCAAGAGACAACCUCCAAGAUUCAUCGCCAGUUCCGCGCUGCUCAUGAAGGUCACCUUCCUCACGCCGGUCUCGAUGCCACCAGAGCCUCCACCGGUGUUGUCUGGUGCACGGAGCGCGCCAGCGAGUAUGGCUUCCUCGAAGAGCCCGAGAAAUGGGCAAACCUAGGUCAGGGUGCCCCUGAGGUCGAAGACGAUAUCGAGGGUUGCUUCCAGCGCCCCGCCACCAUCGACGUGACAACGGCCGCUCGAGAGUAUGGUCCUACCGCCGGCAUCAAGCCUCUGCGGGAGGCCGUCGCUCACAUGUACAACGAGAUGCACCGUCAGGGCAAGGAUUCCAAGUACACCUGGGAGAACGUUGCCAUCGUUCCUGGUGGCCGUGCUGGUCUUAUCCGUAUUGCAGCCGUGUUGAACAAUGCUUACGUCGGCUUCUUCAUCCCUGACUACACAGCAUACAAUGAGAUGCUGUCGCUGUUCAAGAACUUCGCAGCCAUUCCCACUCCCCUGAGCGAGGAGGACGGUUACCACAUCCACCCAGACAUCAUCGCACGAGAGAUUGCCCGAGGAACCUCGGUCAUUCUGACAUCGAACCCCAGGAACCCAACUGGUCGUGUCGUGGCCAACCCUGAGCUCGCCGAGAUCCAGGAUCUAUGCAGAGGUCGAGCUACAUUCGUCAGCGACGAGUUCUACUCGGGAUACAACUACACGAGCAAUUGCGACGGCACCACCAUCUCUGCUGCUGAGAACGUGGAAGACGUAGAUGAGGACGACGUUCUGAUUAUCGACGGCCUGACCAAGCGCUUCCGCUUGCCUGGCUGGCGUAUCGCAUGGAUUCUUGGACCCAAGGAGUUCAUCAAGGCUAUCGGUUCUUGUGGUUCCUAUCUCGAUGGUGGAGCCAACGCCCCUUUCCAAGAGGCUGCCAUUCCCAUGCUGGAACCCACACUCGUCCAGAAGGAGAUGAUUGCGCUGCAGAGACACUUCCGCGACAAGCGAGACUAUGUCAUCAAGCGUCUUCGCGACAUGGGUUUCGUCAUCAAGUACGUGCCAGAUAGUACCUUCUAUCUCUGGCUUAACCUCGAGGGUCUGCCUGGCCCCAUUUCCGAUGGCUUGAACUUUUUCCAGGCCUGCCUGGAAGAGAAGGUCAUUGUGGUCCCGGGUAUCUUCUUCGAUCUUAACCCCUCGAGACGUAGGGAUCUGUUCGACAGCCCCUGUCACCACUUCAUCCGAUUCUCGUACGGCCCUAGAAUGGAGACCCUGGAGCUCGGCUGUGACGGUAUCGAAAGAGUUGUCCAGAAGUACGUAUCAGCAUGCUCCCUUGCUUGGAAUUAG